CAAAAGUGGCAUUUCAGCCAUUGUUCCCCAGAAUAGCAAAGCAUUACUCUAGUCAAACACAGAAGCAGAGAGAGAUGAUGAUGUCGAAAUCAAAAGCUCUUGCCUUCAUAAUCGCAGCUUUAUCUUACUACUUCUUCUCUUCUCCACCGAAACCUCACUACCAUGCCCUUUUUCUCUCCGCUUCCUUCUCCGACAACGCUUCCGUCGCCUUUAACCUUCGUACCCUCACGCGCCGCCCUCAUGUGGCCGGUUCAGUGGCCAACGCUGAGGCUGCCGCCUUCGUUCGCUCCGCCUUCAUCUCCUCCUCGCUCAAAUCACACGUCGUCGCUUACCCUGUAUCUCUAACUUACCCAAUUCAUCGCUCCCUAGUACUAACACCCAAAGAAUCAGCAAAGCCGAUCACUUUCGCGCUGGAACAAGAACAAGUCGGAGACAAUCCUUACGCAGAUGAAGUGAUGCCUACUUUCCAUGGAUACGCCAAGUCAGGCAACGUCUCUGGGCCAGUGGUUUAUGCAAACUACGGCCGAGUCGAAGAUUUCGUUGGUCUGAAUGCCUCCGGAGCCGUCGUAAUCGCGAGGUAUGGAAAAAUUUACAGAGGAGACAUAGUGCAGAACGCGUAUCAGGCGGGAGCUGUAGGCGUCGUGAUCUACACAGACAAGAGAGAUUACGGCGGAGAUGAGUGUUUUCCGGCGAGUAAAUGGAUGCCGCCGAGUGGUGUUCAAGUGGGUACCGUUUAUAAUGGGUUGGGUGAUCCGACGACUCCUGGGUGGGCAAGUGUCGAUGGGUGUGAGAGAUUAUCGGAAGAGGCCGUCGAAUCAAUCGGCGAUUCUCCGCUCAUACCUUCGCUGCCUGUCUCGGCGGCUGAUGCGGAAGUGAUCUUGAAGACCAUCGUUGGAGAUGUUACUGAUGGAGAUGUUUAUCCAGUGGGGCCUGGACCUGGGAUUCUGAACCUGAGCUACAUUGGGAAAACUGUUAUAGGUCAGAUUGAGAAUGUUAUUGGAGUGAUUGAAGGAGAAGAAGAACCUGAUAGAUAUGUGAUUCUUGGAAACCAUCGGGACGCUUGGAGUUUCGGAGCUGUUGAUCCCAACAGUGGCACUGUGAUUGCACAAAGACUAGAUAAGCUGCAGAAGAGAGGGUGGAAGCCUCGACGGACAAUUAUUCUGUGCAAUUGGGAUGCCGAGGAGUAUGCUCUGAUUGGGUCAACAGAAUGGGUAGAAGAAAACAGAGAGAUGCUAACUUGGAGAGCAGUGGCUUACUUGAAUGUAGAUUGUGCUGUAUCUGGUCCAGGUUUUCAUGCCUCUGCGACUCCACAACUCGAUGAACUGAUAAAACAAGCGGCUCAAGAGAUCGGUAGAUUGGGGGACACAGGAUCGGAUUAUGCAUCAUUUUUGCAACAUGUUGGCGUUCCAGUAGCUGACAUGCGUUUCGGAAAAGGAUAUCCAGUCUAUCACUCUAUGUAUGAUGACUUCACUUGGAUGGAAAAUUUUGGAGACCCGACGUUUCAGCGACAUGUCGCAAUGGCUAGUGUUUUCGGUUUGGUCGCUCUCCGGUUAGCGGAUGAAGAAGUCUUGCCAUUUAACUAUAUCUCCUAUGCAUCAGAACUCAAGAAAAGUGCAGAAGAUUUGGAAAAGGCGAUCUUAAGCCAUAGCAUGAAUGUUUCUCCGUUAUUCAAAUCAAUCCAUGAUCUAUCUACGGCUGCAAAAGGGAUAAAUAUAGAGAAAGAGGGAAUAAAGGCUGGAGCUCUGAAAGUGAGAGAGCUCAACGAUAGAUUAAUGAUGGCGGAGCGAGCUUUAACAGACCGAGAUGGACUCCCUGAAAGAACCUGGUUCAAGCAUUUGGUAUACGGACCAUCCAAGUACGAUGACUAUGGAUCCAAAUCAUUCCCUGGAGUUGAUGAUGCAGUCGAGAGUGCAAAGAGGCUAAAGACGAAAGCAUCUUGGGAACAUGUUCAACACCAGAUCUGGAGAGUCUCUCGAGCUAUAAGACAUGCAUCACUGGUUUUAAAAGGUGAAUUGAGAUGAUAUCAAGUUGAAAAGUGAAUUUGUCUGAGUAUUAAAACGGAACCGCAGAGCUCGUAAGACUUUUGGUUUUGAGUUUUGAGUUGUGACUUUUUGGGAGAAGUAUGAUAUGGGGGUUUGGAAUAUAAAUGUAUCGAGUUGUAAUGUUCAAUGGAAUACUACUUUUGUGUACAGUUGAACUGUUUGCAUUUGAAGUCUCAUUCGGUUAAUUUUUUUUUUAACAGUAACGUUGUUUUCAAGAUUAAC